GCCGACCCUUGGCCGUCUUCAGCCAAUCGCGGCCGGAACCUCCCGUUGGGUGGGCGGUCCCCGAGGCCGUGGAGGUUGGCGGCUGUCGAGCGGAGCGUCUUUGUCGGGAGAGAACAUGAGUUUAGCCUUGAGAAGUGAGCUUGUAGUAGACAAAACAAAGAGGAAAAAGCGAAGAGAGCUCUCUGAAGAACAGAAGCAAGAAAUCAAAGAUGCGUUUGAGCUCUUUGAUACCGACAAAGACCACGCGAUAGAUUAUCAUGAAUUAAAGGUGGCAAUGAGAGCCUUGGGUUUUGAUGUGAAAAAAGCCGAUGUACUGAAGAUUCUUAAAGAUUAUGACAGAGAAGCCACAGGCAAAAUCACCUUUGAAGAUUUUAAUGAAGUUGUGACAGACUGGAUAUUGGAAAGAGAUCCACAUGAAGAAAUCCUGAAAGCAUUUAAACUAUUUGAUGACGAUGAUUCAGGUAAAAUAAGCUUGAGGAAUUUGCGACGUGUUGCCAGAGAACUGGGUGAAAACAUGAGUGACGAAGAACUCCGGGCUAUGAUAGAAGAGUUUGAUAAGGAUGGUGAUGGAGAAAUAAAUCAAGAGGAAUUCAUUGCUAUUAUGACUGGUGACAUAUAAAGGAUUAUGAGAAUCAACACCAAAAUGUUGCAGUUACCAUCUAUAUUUCCUUUUUGUGACUGAAGUCCUGUUUCAAAUAAAAACUUCCAACUUAGUCCUUUCUCCAAAAGGACCAAAACUAA